AACCUGCUUCUGCAAGCUGAACACGUAGCAUUAGCUGUUGCAACAUGGAAGCCUGAACUUUACGAGCCCACUAAUUACUUGGAGAUAACUUGUCAUUGGAUUUCUGAUGAUUUUCAGCUGCAUGAAAUUUUUUUAGACAUUAUUCCAAUUUCAGAGUAUCCCAAUGGAAUUUCCAAAUACAUCAAAGGUAUUAUGAACAAAUGGAAAUUGGAUAAAAAGAUCAAUUCAAUAACUAGAGACUCCGAUAGUGAGGCAGACGAGGAAAUUAAAGAUGUCGCGCGAGUUGAUGACGUCUUUUUUUACACAGAUCCUAUGGAUCUGGAUAUUUAUAUCGCUAUAGAAGAUUUUCAAGAAAGAUUUAGACAAUUUACAGAAAAAGAAGAAGAGAUUAUUACCGAACGGCAAGACCAAAUUAAUAUUGGAAUAAAAAAUUCCCAACGAUUGAUCACUCAUUUAAUUACACAUGAGCGUGAAUUUCUUAAGGAAGCACUUGCAGACGAUCGAGAUCAUACCAUCAAUGAGCUGGUAGAAUUUAUCAAUCACGAACAAUUGUUUACAUUAUGUGCACUGGAGUAUAUAGUGAUAUUGGAAAAUCAGAUUAGAAAAUGGAUCGCCGCAAUGUCCGAUAAUUUGGAGACCAUAUCCAAAGGAAAAUGGAUAAAUAACUUAUUACCAGAUCCCAUAUCUUCGUUAAGAAAGGAUGCAUAUGCGGAAAUUGAAAUAGAAUAUCAAGAAUUACGCGAAAAACGAGCAUCGCAAAAUGGCUCGGCUAGCUUUGGGUCGGUAACAAGCUCUGAGCACCAAGGAACCGAUGAGUUCGAAAGAUAUAACGUGUUAACACUAUUUGAUCAGAGUGAACACACUGAUCCUAUCGAAUGGUGGCGUCAACAUAAGAACGAAUUGCCUGUUAUGUCCAAACUUGCGCAGAAGUAUCUAGCCAUUCCUAUGACAUGCCAUCCUUCUGAUAGAUCAUAUUCUGGAUAUCGUGAAGAUAUGAAGAAAUUAGUAAAUGAUUUUAAGGAUUUCAGUGUGGCCAGAAAGAUUAUAUUUUUGAAACAUAAUGUGAAGUAUCUUGAAAAAUUGGAUUCAGAUAAUUAA